CCCGUGACCUCAAGUGCUUAUCAACUCCGCCGGAGAACCAGCAGCAGCAGCACUGGCUUUCCGACCUGCUCCAUCACUCUCCCCUCUUCCACCUCUUUUCUUUUCUUUACCUCUUUCUCCCCCACACAAAUUCCCUCCGACUUUCCUAAAAUGUCUGUUGCUCGUGCUGUCCGUCCCUUCGCCUCGCGGCUGCUUGCCCAGCCUCAAACUCCCCUCUGCCGCGCCGUGCCUGCCUUCCGUUUCCCGCGGGGAAGCGCGAGGAGUUUCUCGCAAAGCCCUCUGGCUCAGCUGAAGAAGUAUACCGAGUCGCACGAAUGGAUCGAACUCGCUGACGGCGGCAAGACUGCCAAAAUCGGCAUCACUGAGUACGCCGCCCACUCGCUCGGCGACGUCGUCUACGUUGAGCUUCCCGAAGCCGGCAACGAGGUCAGCGCUGGCGACCCUGUCGGCGCCGUUGAGUCCGUCAAGUCUGCGUCUGACGUGCUCUCGCCCGUCUCCGGCAAGGUGAUCAAGGGUAACAGUGUCCUGGAGGACGCGGCCAAGACCAUCAACGCCAGCCCCGAGGGAGAGGGCUGGAUUGCGGAAAUUGAGGUUAGCAAUGCUUCGGAGCUGGAGGGGUUGUUGGAUGAGGCUGCUUAUAAGGAGUCUAUUGAGGAGUAA